GGACUAGCUAGCUGCCCCAGUGCCCAACCUCAUCUCUCUCUCAUUCUCUCUCUCUCUCGCUCUCUGGACUGUACUGUGAAAACAGGCAGUACUGUGCUGUCCUGUUGUUGGGAGCGAGCAGGCACCAUCCCCUCGUUGUUCUAGAAAUCCCUGACGCAAAAAAAUCAUUUACAGACGACGAGCUGAUAGGAUGUCAGAGAGGACCUGAGGAGUAACCUGACAGAAGAAACAAGAUGGCUGCCUUGUCGAUAGACCCGGUGGAACAGCCGAGGAUGUACCAGCAAACCCUGCUUCAAGACGGCCUCUGUGACCUGCUGGAUAACCAGAAAUUUGUAGACUGUGUCCUGAAGAUCCAGGACAGGGAGUUCCCGUGCCACCGCCUGGUCCUCGCUGCCUCCAGCCCCUUCUUCAAGGCUAUGUUCCUGUCCAACCUGGAGGAAGGGGGGAAAAGGGAGAUCAUUCUGAAAGACGUGGAGCCUGGCGUCAUGGCGAUGAUACUCCGAUACAUCUAUACCUCGGACAUCAACCUGACAGAGCAGAACGUCCAGGAUAUCUUCAUGGUGGCCAACAUGUACCAGAUCCCAUCCAUCUUCUCCGUCUGUGUCUCCUACCUACAGGAGAAGCUGGUGCUGGGGAACUGCCUGGCUAUUUUCAGGCUGGGGCUUCUAUUGGACUGCCCCCGCCUGGCUUUCACAGCUAGAGAGUUCAUCUGUGAGCGCUACCAGCUCAUCGUCAGGGACCAGGACUUUCACCAGCUGGGCCCCAGUGAGCUGGCAGCCAUCAUCACUUCUGACGCACUCAACGUGGACCGAGAGGAGGUGGUGUUUGAGUCUCUGAUGGACUGGGUGGGCUACGACAGAAUGGAGAGGAUGAAGGAGCUGCCGGAUCUCCUGCACUGCGUCCGCUUCCGCCUGAUCCCAGUGGAUUACUUCACAGAGAAGGUUGAAGAUCACAAGUGGAUUCGGGCCAACGCAGAGGUCAAGAAAGAGCUGCAGCUGAUCAAAGACGCGCACAAAGGAAGACUCCCAGAGGUCAAAAGGUCAAGGAACAGGAAGUCCAAGAUGGCAGGCGACAAGGAAGAUGAAGAAGACUCUGACGAUGAGCAAGGUUUGCUUCCGGGGAUCCUGAACAAUAACCCUCGGUUCGGGAUGUUUGAGACGGACCUGAUCCUGAUGAUCAGCGACACGGGGAGCGUAGCGUACGACCCGGUGGGGAACGAGUGUUUCGUGGCGUCUGAGUCGACAGAGAUCCCUAAGAACCACUGCAGUCUGGUAACCAAGGAGAACCAGGUGUUUGUUGCUGGAGGAUUCCUCCUCAACGAGGACAACAAGGAGGAACCACUCAGCUCAUACUUCCUACAAUUUGACCCUAUGAGCGGAGAGUGGCUGGGGAUGCCCUCACUGCCAGGACCGCGCUGCCUGUUUGGGCUUACUGAAGCAGCAAACUCCAUCUUUGUUGUGGGCGGCAAGGAGAUGAAAGAGGGAGAACGUGUUCUAGACUCUGUCAUGAUCUAUGACAGACAGUCAUUUAAAUGGGGCGAGUCAGACCCUCUUCCCUACACAGUCUAUGGUCAUGGAACUGUCUCACACAAUGGCCUUGUCUACGUCAUAGGAGGAAAGACGGAGAGCAAGACUUGCCUACGGAGGGUGUGUGUCUACAACCCCACUAGGUUUGAGUGGAAGGAGCUAGCUCCUAUGAAGCUGGCUCGUUCUCUGUUCGCUGUGACGGUCCACAACAACCAGAUCUACGUGGCCACGGGCGUCACAGACACAGGACUCACCAGCACUGUAGAGGUCUAUGACAUCGCUACAAACCAGUGGUCAGAGUUUGUAGAGUUCCCCCAGGAGCGUAGCUCCAUGAACAUGAUCACUAUGGGGGAAUGUCUGUACGCUGUGGGGGGCUUUGCCAUGAUGCCCAGCGAGAUCAGUGACCAGCCACAGCCCACCGAGAUGAACGACAUCUGGAGAUUUGAGGAGGACUGCUGGAAUGGGAUUUUGAGAGAGAUUAGCUAUGCUGCAGGCGCCACGAUUCUCGCCGUGAAGCUCAAUACACUUCGUCUCACCAAAAUGUGAUCAGCUCUAUAAAAAAAAAUAUAUAUAUAUACUGGAGAUGGUCUCAAACCUAGAAUAAGGUGUGUUUAGAGCAGGGCUGGAACAAAAGCCUCUACACCCAGUAACUCUCCAGCAGGAGGGCCUUUUCAAAUAGGUUGAUAUGAAAGUUGUCUUUAUUCUACUGUAUCAAAAUGAACAAUUUGUCUAUUUGAAGUGAACUAAUAGUAAUUGUUUUGACAGUUAGUAUACAAUUUGUAUAUUACUUUAGCUUUUUUAACAUGCUGUUUAACUUUAUUGCUUCAUUUCUUUGUAUGAAGCACCAAUAAAGAUUAUGAAUGAAAGAAAAGUAUAUAAUUUAAUUUUCACUCCUGAAGCUAUGUAUCUAUCUAUACCCGUAACCGUAAUUGUACAUAAUUAGAACUACUGUCAAACAAUAAUAAAAAAAUAAAAAAAUGUAAAAAAAAUAAUAAUCAA